UACCCAGAGGUCCCUAUAUAACCUUCAAAGCCGCCGGCGCAAAAAAUUCGCAAACUUCCUCGCACCUUCGGAAAAAGCCCAAAACCCGACUCCGUUUCAAAUUUUUGUAUGGUAUCCAAAAACCCGACUCCGCCCGACGGCCUGUACUUGGAUCCGAACGAAAUGGCGUUACCCGGACUCGGGCCAUUCGCGUCUGUCGCCACGGCGGCGACCACCACGGCGUCGACGACGUCGUCGUCGGCGGAGGAUCUGAGCAAGAAGAUUCGGAAGCCCUACACUAUUACCAAGUCCAGAGAGAGCUGGACUGAGCCCGAGCACGAUAAGUUCCUCGAAGCUCUUCAGCUCUUUGACCGGGAUUGGAAGAAGAUUGAAGCUUUUAUCGGGUCGAAGACAGUUAUACAGAUACGUAGUCAUGCACAGAAGUAUUUCCUGAAGGUUCAGAAGAAUGGGACAAGCGAACAUCUACCUCCACCUAGGCCGAAAAGGAAAGCUUCUCACCCCUACCCUCAGAAAGCCUCAAAAAAUGUGCUGGCACUCCCACAAGUGUCUGGUUCAUGUCAAUCUUCAUCGGCGUUACUUGAAUCUGGGUUCAUCCAAAGGCCAGAUUCAUCAUCGGUGCUUAUUAGUCCCAUUCCUGGUGGUGCAGUCCCUUCUUGGCCUAAUACUUCUGUGCAAACAGCCAACCUAUCACAUGAGACCAAAGGGCCAGCUAAGCCGAGCUGCAAUAGUGCAGAAAGCACUCCAAAAGCUCAACCAGCCAGUGAAACAACUGAUCAAGGGAAUCGCAGCCUUAAUCAUAACCAUCCAUUGAGAGUUCUGCCUGACUUUUGUCAAGUAUACAGCUUCAUUGGCGGUGUCUUUGACCCUAAUACUUCAGGGCAUCUGCAGAAACUGAAGAAGAUGGACCCUAUAGAUGUUGAAACGGUGUUACUGUUGAUGAGAAAUCUAUCCAUGAAUUUGACAAGUCCCGAUUUUGAGGAUCAUAGAAAGUUGCUUUCAUCCUACAAGAUUGAUGCCGAUACAACAGAUCACCUUGAUGCAAGUAAAAACCUUCAUAGCGACCAACAAAAGAAUGUUGCUUGAGUGGGCAAUCGUGAAACUAGAAGCUUCUUUCUCGUCAGUUGGUGGUGCUGGCAUUAGAGAUCAAAUCUCGCACGAGUGGUGUUGACAUCCAGCCGCUGAAUCACCAAGAUAACGGCAAAUUAUCAGAAAGCUUUAGGUUCCAUAUAGGUGCUGACAUUAUAUAGCACACUACUAUAUAGCUAUAGUGAGCUCAUUGACUACAGAGUGUUCAUAAUUUAUUGUAUUAUGUUGUAGUGUGUUCAAGGAAAAAAGUGAGAAACAAUACAUUUUGCAGGAGUGUAUAGUUGUUCAAAUUUUAGGUUAAUGUGGUUUUGUACAGCAGUGGGUUCCUGUGUAUUCAUUCGGUUUUUAAUCAUAGUAAGUGUGCUUCACA